ACGUGCAGCCCAUUGUUUUUGUUUUCGCUUUGCAAUGCAACAGAACUUAAGUUUGCUGUAAUUUGUUAUAAUUUUUUAAGAAAAAGGUUUAAAGCAAUUAAAAUAUCGAAUAAAAAAUGGUUAAAAGAAACAAAAAUUCUGUAGCCGAUGCGGUCUAUGCAAAAAAGGCCGUAAAAAAGGAGAAUCCCUUCGCCAAUGCCACAGCAGCAACUUCCAAAAGGCUGAAUCCGUUUGAGGUGCACAUGAACAAGGAGAAAUUCGUUAUACUGGGAAGAACAUGUAAACAUGACAAAGGUUUGCCGGGAGUUUCCCGGGCCAAGGCAGUUAAGAAGCGUCAAGAAACAUUGGGGCAAGAAUAUCUAAGGAAAGAUAAGACCAACAAAUUCAAAGAUCGUCGCAUUGGAAAGUACUUAAGUGGUGAUCAAUUGAGUGAGGAAAUAAUGAAUGCCCGUUUUGUGGCAGAUAAAAUGGAACGUAUGAAGCAGUCAAAACAAUCACGCUUCAAUUUGAAUGAUGAUGAGAUACUCACACAUCGUGGCCAGACCUUGGAGGAAAUUGAACAAUUUCGAGAUGAUCGUUCCGAUGAUGAUGUGGAAGACGAGGAGACUUUAGAUGCGGAGUUUACUGAAGCUGCCCACUUUGGUGGCGAUGAGGCAGUUGCUGCCAAAGACCGCAAAACUGCCAUUGAGGAAAUGAUUAUAGAACAGAAACGUCGCAAGGUUGAAAUUGCCAAGGAAAAGGAUGAGCUCUUUGAUUUGACCGAAAAAUUAGAUUCCAACUAUAAGAAUCUCAUUGGUUUAGUGGGUAAAAUGACCAAAAGUGAAAUGAAAAGACAAGAACCGGAUGAUUAUGAUCGCUUAACGCGUGAGUUAAUUUUUGAGCCCCGAGGUGUUGUGGCCGAUAAAUUGCUGUCCGAGGAAGAAGUUGCCAAGAAAGAAAAAGAACGUUUAGAGAGGUUAGAAAAUGAACGUUUGCGAAGAAUGAGAGCUGAUGGUGAAGUGGGCGAGGAGGAGGCAUCAAAACCUAAACAUCGAUCUGCCGAUGACUUGGAUGAUGGCUAUUUUGCUUAUGGCGAAGAGGAGCAGGAAGAUGGCACUCUUGUGUACAAUAUGGAUGGUGAAUUGGGUUCCAAACACGAUAACAGCACGGAAAAAGGUGAUGGAGAAGAAGACGAGGAAGGAGAAGAGGAAACGGAUAAUGACAGUAGCGAUGCAGAGGAAGAUGGUGAAGAAAGUGGCAGUGAGGGUGAAGAAGAAGAAGCUGAGGAGGACAAUUUAAGUGAUUUAAAAGUCAGUGACUCGGAAGCAGAAGAUUCUGAAGCAGAAACAAAAGCAAAAAAACCCAAAGACACAGCCAAAGAAAAACCCAAAAAGGAAACCAUUGAACGUUCGGACUUACCAUUUACCAUUGAAAUGCCUAAAAGUUAUGAAGAAUUUGUCAAGCUUUUAAAGCAAUACAAGCAAAAGGAUCACCCCAUUAUAAUUGAACGCAUAAUCAAAUGCAAUCAUCCCAAACUGGAGGGUGUAAAUCGUGAGAAAAUUGUUAAACUAUUUGCAUUUCUUCUACAGCUGCUUAAUGAAAAAUUUGCCGACGCUGGACCAGAUGAUAUCCGAGAACAUUUUCAAUUCUUUUCUUCCAUAAUGCCUCAUCUUUUCGAUUUGAUACAUCUGAAUACUGAACGUAUGUCCAAUAUUUUAAUGGAUGUCAUUAAAGAAAAGUAUGCUGAAUUUAAGAAAAAUUCCAAACAAUAUCCUCCGUUGGAAGUGUUAAUUUAUUUCAAAAUAGUUUCAAAUUUAUGUUCCACCUCUGAUUUUCGUCAUCCUAUUGUCACUCCUUGCUAUAUAUUUAUGCAGCACAUUUUAUCCAAAGCUAGAGUUAAAAGUCGCCAGGAUAUAGCCAUUGGUCUGUUUCUGGUUACUCUAAGCUUAGAAUAUGGCAAUAUCUCUAAACGUUUCUUACCGGCUGCUUUUAAUUUUUUGCAAGGCGUAUUGUUUCUUUGCAUACCCAAAAGACCUGUAGAGGUGUUGAAAGUAGUACCACCAUUUCAGAGUCAAGGUCCUCUAAGUAAGCUAUUGGCCAUACCAGCAGAUUCCAGUGAUUACAAAGAUAUUAAAGAGGAGACUCUACAAGCUGAGGAUCUUGUUAGUCAAACAAUCAACAACGAGUUCAAAUUAAAAGCCUUAAAUCAUGCAUUGCUGCUGACACAGGAUGCAGUUACCAUGGUUACUGAUAACAUAGGCUGCAGCUUACUGGUUGAGCCUUUAUUGGCCAUGUUAGAUAAGCUAAUCAUCACAGAGGCCUAUCCUGCCUAUAUAAAAUCAAAUUAUGAAAAAACCAAAUUGGUGCUAGAAUCACUAACAAGUAAACCUCUCAUCAAAUUGGUGCCACCCGAAAAGAAACCCAAAGCUUUGCGUUUAUUGGAGCCUCGCAUUGAAACUGUGUACGAUGACAAACGACGUCCAAAACUUUCCAAGGACAAGGAGGAAAAGGUCAAAUUGGUACACAGAAUUAGGCGCGAGACUAAAGGGGCAAUACGAGAAAUUAGACGUGAUACCGAGUUCCUGCAGAAAAUGCGCAUACAGCAACAAUUGCAAAGUGACAAGGAGCGCCGAGAAAAGGUUAAACGUAUUUACGCCGAAGCCUCUCUACAACAGGGCGAACUUAAUGCCUUGGAUCGAGAAAAAAAGAAAAAGAAGAAAUUUUAAUGUAACAAUACUAGUAGUUUUAAAAACCUAUACUAUUUAUACAUGUAUUAAUUAGUAAUAC